ACGCAGCGGCGUCAUGACGUUGGCGCGUUCCGGCGGCCAGUGGCUGUGGGGCCUGUGAUGGCGGCGAGGCCGCGGCUUUUGGUACCGGUUUGUCUGCAUGGACUGGGCUUCAACGUGGGGCUUGCCAGGGACGCGAAUCACGGGCAAUAAAAUCUUUAUGGAGGUCGCGGGAAAGUUUGUGGUUUGUCUUGUUUAAAGGCACUGAUACUGUCUAGCACCCGGAUCACUAAUGUGCCCACAAAAUCUACGCUACCUCAAAGUUAGUCAUGUACUGUGACACAAUUUGUCUGAAUGGAAAUGCUGCAACUUGCCACAAGAAUCAUUUGGAGUACAGAGUUUGAUAUGAUUGUAUGAAAUGACCCAGGGCUAUUUCAAAGUGGAACGUUCUGCUGUCAGAAGUCUAUUAGGAUUGUUUUACAACUUUCAACCAUAGUAAAUAAAUCAGUGCUCAGUACUUAUUUCAACAGAAACUUCAGUUUUCAAGCUGUGUUGCAGAGAUUUCAUCAAACUGGGUGAAGCUUCUUAUUGUUGGAAUGCAAUCAUGUCCAAUAAGGAAGAGAAGCAGAUCAAUACUGAAUAUGCUGUAUCUUUGUUGGAGCAGCUUAAAUGCUUCUAUGACCAGCAGCUAUUGACUGACAUAGUUUUAAUCGCAGAGAGCACUGAAUUCCCAUGCCAUAAGAUGGUUCUCGCUACAUGUAGUUCCUACUUCAGGGCCAUGUUUAUGAGUGGAUUGAGUGAAAGCAAGCAGACACAUGUUCACUUGCAGAAUGUGGAUGCACCCACGCUUCAGAUAAUCAUUAGAUAUGCAUACACGGGUAACCUGGCAAUAAAUGACAGCACUGUGGAACAGCUCUAUGAGACAUCAUCCUUUCUGCAGGUGGAAAACGUGUCUCAACGUUGCCGAGAAUAUUUAAUUAAGAAAAUUAAUGCUGAGAACUGCGUCCGAUUAUUGAGCUUUGCAGACUUGUACAGCUGUGAGGAGCUGAAAGUAAGCGCAAAGCGAAUGGUGGAGCACAAAUUCACUGCUGUUUACCAUCAAGAUGCUUUUUUGCAGCUUUCACAUGAUCUUCUGAUAGAUAUCCUCAGCAGUGACAACUUAAAUGUGGAGAAGGAAGAGACAGUCCGUGAAGCUGCUAUGGUGUGGCUUGAGUAUGACACCGAAUCACGAUCCCAGUAUCUAUCUUCAGUCCUUGGCCAAAUAAGAAUUGAUGCACUGUCUGAGGUAACACAGAGGGCCUGGUUCCAAGGCUUACCACCUAAUGAUAAGUCUGUGGUGGUGCAAGGACUGUACAAAUCUAUGCCAAAAUUUUUCAAACCUAGACUUGGUAUGACUAAAGAAGAGAUGCUAAUAUUCACUGAAGCCUCUGGUGAAAGUCCUCGUUCUUCCUUUUGUGCUGUUUGCUACAGCCCUCAGGCAGAGAAAGUGUACAAACUCUGUAACCCACCUGGAGAUUUGCAGCGAGUAGGGACACUUGUUACUCCUGACAAUGAUAUUUACAUCGCAGGUGGACAGGUACCUUUAAAAACUUCUAUCACCAAUAAUAGUAAGGCAAGUAAACUUCAGGCUGCAUAUAGACCUGUGAAUUGUUUCUACCUGUUUGAUGCUCAACAGAACACAUGGGUUCCAAAGACUCCAAUGUUAUGUGCUCGCAACCGACCUUCAUUGGUUUGCUGUGAAGGAUACAUCUAUGCAAUCGGAGGGGACAAUGUUGGUGGGGAAAUGAACAAACGGACCGUGGAAAGGUAUGAUUGUGAAACAGAUGAAUGGACUUUAGUGAAUCCCUUGCCCUGUGCUUGGCAGUGGAAUGCAGCGGUAGUAGUGGAAGACUACAUUUAUGUUAUGGCACACAAUCUAACAUUUUGCUACUGUCCACGUACUGACUCAUGGGUUGAAAUGGCUGCACGUCAAACAAGCAGGUGUUUUGCCUCAGCUGCAGCUUUUGGAGACAAAAUUUUCUACAUUGGUGGUUUGCAUAUUGGAAAUAACUCAGGCAUCCGAAUACCCUCAAGCACUGUUGAUGGUUCUUCUGUAACUGUCGAAGUAUAUGAUGUGAUCAAAAAUGAGUGGAAGAUAGCAACUAAUAUCCCUGCAAAGCGCUACUCUGACCCCUGUGUAAGAGCGGUGGUGGUCUUGAACUGCCUGUGUGUGUUCAUGAGAGACACUCACAUGAAUGAGAAACCCAAGUAUGCAAUCUAUCAGUACAACAUGGAGCUGGACCAAUGGAUCCUGCGUCAGUCUAUUUCAGAACGAGUCCUUUGGGAUCUUGGCAAAGAUUUUCGGUGCACUAUGGGGAAACUUUACCCCUCGUGUCUGGAAGAAUCUCUAUGGAAGCCUCCACCUUCUCUAUUCUCACAAGAUGGAGCCGAUGAGUUUGAGUUGGAUGGAGAGAUGGUUACUUUGCCGUUGAAUAGUUAGCCAGAUAUGGGCACACAGAUGCUGUGGAUUCCUAAGACAUACAUAGCACAGGAAUAUGUAUGUCACAAGCUUCCAGAUCAUGACGGGGUUUAUUUUAACAAAUUAAGCAGUAACUGUGUUCUGCACAGCAUGUCACUAAGUUUGCAUAGUAUUGUGUAAAUAACUGAGAAUACAGUUGUGUUGUAUCAUCUACUACUCCUAGAUACCAUGUGUUCUGCUAAAGAGAUUAUUGCAUUAUUGUUACAAUGUGACUAAUUUACAAAAGAAACGUUUUAUUUACACAAUUAUCCCUGGAUUUGACCAUGAAGAUACAAAAUCAUGUAGAUCUUCCCAGUAAAAAUAGGCUGAGCAAGGUGGCUGGCUGCAGGUUCAGUCAAAGGUCGUAUUUGUUUGACACAAGUCUCCAAUUUCCAUAAAAUAUUCCCAUUUAUUCCAGGUUGCAGGCCUACCAAGCAGCUGGUAGUUUACCAGGUGUAUUAGUGGGGGCUGUGUAGUGACUGCCAGCCUCUCGUAGUGCGGGUCUAUGUGGAGCUUCAAUCAUUUAAUGUCCCUCCACGUUGCAAGUAACAUAGGCUCAUCCAUAUUACAACUUCCUGCUGCUGAAUUUUCAUUUGUAAGACAAGUUUUAGUAACAACCAGGUUUUUAUUUUGUAUUUCAUUAAUUUAAGGCAACUGUUACUGUAGUGUGAUUGUGUAUAGGUAUCCUAGCCGUUAGGUUUUUAAUACAGUUGGUUUGAGUGAAAAGUUUCAAGAAUGAACUGUAUCCUGCGUGCAGGAGAGCAGAACGGACCCAGCACUGCUCUGGCAUAAUUCUGAGGAACCACUAGCAGUUGUUGGGCUCUCCAUUCUAACAUGAGCACAGGUGCUUCAUGAAAUCCCUACUCGCAUGUUCAGCUGCAUUGUGUUCCUUUGGCACUGUAUUUUGAAUUAAAUUAAUUUAUUAAAACCCUUCACAAGUAAA